AACCCAUCCUGUCAUCGACCCAUUCCAGAUCACUCCCAAGAUUGGUCUCUGCGCUGGUCAAAAGGCAAUUCCUGACCGAAGUGCUUAGCCCUUUCUUACCUGGCCUCGAAGCACACUCAUCGAAGACCUCUUCAAAAUGCCUUUGCCAACGUUCUUCGCCUAUGUUCUAGUGCUAGCAUCACUUCUGAUCUCGGUGGAGGCUGCCAAGAUACCUUCGAGUGCAAGACGACCUGCACUCAGCUGCUCGUCUUCUUCUUCUUCUUCCUCCUCCUCCUCCUCCUCUUCCAAUGGAGAAUCGUCCUGGACGUCAUCGUCGUCGAGCUCUUGCGGUCAAUGCACCGGCGGUUUGCCCGGCACUCUCACGUACGGCAGGAAUCUGCUCGAGUUCCAGUAUGAAGAUCAACCAAAGAGGCAACACAUUUUGUACCUUCCCAAGUCGUACGAUGGCUCUACCCUCCUGCCGACCGUUCUGGGCUUGCACUACAGCUCAGGCAACAUCGAUUCCAUCGACGCCAUGGCCAAAUUAAGCGACCUGGCGGAGCGUCACAAUUUCGUCUGGAUCGCGCCACAGGGCGGGGUCACGUUCAAGAACAACCAAGGCUACGCUUGGAACAUUCCCUUUGUGCCCACCACGGACGACUCCAACAUCGAGGGUCCCGUGCUGGAAGACCGCAAAUACUUGGUCGCACUGCUCCAGCAUGUGCAGAGCAAUUUGUGCGUCAAUACCGCGCAAAGCUACGCUAUGGGCCACAGCGGCGGAGGGCGAAUGUCGUCUUCGUUGGUGUGCAAUCCCGAGAUGAGCCAGCACUUUGCAGGCAUCGUUGCCAGUUCCAGCCUUCAAGCCGGACCUUCCGCCGGACCGGACUACGCGGCUCCGCUGGCCGUUGGUCAGGCCAACGCCUGCAAUCCGUCUCAUCCGAUCGGUAUCGUCGCCCUGCACGGUCUCGCCGACCAAACAAAUCCGUACGACGGUACUCCGGAGGAUGGCACCGAAGACAACAAGAAGCGUUGGGGCUACUCGGUCCAAUCUGCGCUUGCGCAUUGGGCCGAGUUGAAUUCUUGCGAUUUGAGCAGCAACAACACAGUCGAGGCUACGACUGCGACCGAUGGACCCAUCAUCCAUCGGCAGACCAUCAACUGUCCCGAUGUUGACAUCACUGCUUGGCUUCAGGAUGACUUGCCCCACGCUUACUUUGACAUCAACAGAGCCGACUUCAACCCAGGCGAUCAUUGGUGGGACGCCAUCUCCAAGUUCUCCCAUGAACCACAGUACUGAUAGUCAUGUGGUGCGCUGUGCUGUGCUACCGGCUUU